UCAAAUAUCCAUUUGAAAGCGUUUGAAACGGGAUUUGCAGUUACUUGUCUGCCGCUUUGAACAAGUUGUUGUUUGUUGAGCCACUCGCUGCUGAACAACUAACUUAACUACAAAGUUUACACCGUUGGAUUUGGACACUACCAUCAUGGAGAUUCACAAAAAGAGCAACAAGGAGAACGCCCUUCCCAAACUUGGACAACAGAAGGUCGUCACGUCGUUUAUCAAAAAAGCAGUUCCCGGGCAAACUGCCCCUUUGCAGUCCAAGAACGACCAGAAAGAUGGGACAACUGAUAAGAGGGCGGAACCUACAAUGAAAGCCCAACAGAGAGCCACGAAGCCAGCUGUUGCCAAACCCGAUACCGCGGUCAAAAAGGUUCCAACGUUGACCCGGACCUUCCACUCCCAACAGUCCGCCGAUUAUAAAAAGCUGCUAACACAAGGUCCAAAGCCCGCAUCCUCAGCACCCCCAAAGUGUCUCCCAGGCAGCUACAAGGGCAAGGUUGUCCAAUCCAAGGUGGACUGUUUUAGAAAACCUGGCGACGCCACAGCUUCAACGACAGAAAAAAGGGUGUUCGCAAAGCCAGCUUUACCCAAAACAGUUGGCUCAAUACCAGCGACGUUAUCAAGAUUCAAGUCGAAGUCUGUCACAGCCUUAGCCGGUAAAACAGCACCUUCCAGCUUCCAAACACAACCGCGCAGACCCAAGUCAGUUACCGACGUUCCGUUGAGUCGCCCCGCGAAUAAAACUACCCGUGGCCAGACACAAACCGUAUCCACAGUGCGACAAUUCCAGGCUACGAGGAGGCCACCCACCACUCGUUCGGUCCCACCGAUUUCCAGGACCGUGGCUGGACCGAAAGCUCCCGCCAGCUCGGCGAGACCUGCCCCAGGUGCUGUCAAGCAAAGUCAGAACACCACCAAGCCACCUGUCGCCACGAGCCAGCGUCCCACCCGUAAACCUCCUACAAGCACACUCAGUCACACGAGGGUUGGCAUGGAAACGGCAGAGGAGAGAAGAGCAAAGUUGGCCGAGUGGCUAGCGUUAAAGGGCAAGACCUUGAAGAGGCCCGCCACCCACAGCACCCUUCCGACCCAAAGAACCAGACCCUUCAUCAAGCCCAAAGCGGAUCCACAGCAGAACCAUGAGCCUGAGUCCCGACCCACUGCAGAGCCCAGUCUGGUUCCGGAACCUGCUGCUGAACCCAGCCUGGUCGCUGAAACCAAACCCGUCGCUAAGCUCGACACCCCGGAGGAGGAGGAGGAGGUGGAGGAGCCGGUCACCUCCAGCCCAGCUACGGUCAUGAACACCACACUAGACAUGGUGGACAACUGCGACCUGGAUCUGCCCGAAGUAGACCUGGACGUGUGCAUGGAGAACCUGGUGGUGAAUCUGUGUGGGGCUCUGGAGGCCCUGGAGCCGCCCUCUGCGUGCCAAAGCGAAGAGCAACAUGCUGACGAAAAGGACUCAAAGGCAGAGCUGGAGGGCAUGGUGGUGGAGGUGCAGGUAAGCGAGGAAGAGGAGGAGGACGACGAUGAUGAGAUUAAAGAGGAGUUUGCAGACAACAAGAGGGACAGUGAGAAGUCAACCAAAGAGUGUUCAGCGGAAGAUUCCGACUCGGAAAUGGAAGCCGAUUCGAUCGAGGGUUCAGAGUCGGACAGCGACAGCGACACAGACGAUGAGAACCAGGCCGAGGCCGCCGACGUCGACGAACGUAAAGUGAAGACAGAGGUGAAGGCAGAAGAUGAUGAUGACGAUGAAGAGGAGGACAAUUGUGGCACCACAACCCCAGAAUGCAAAGGGGCAUCAGUGGUGAAGUACAGCGUGAGGACGACCCCCUUCCUUCAGAGCGUGAAGAAGCGAAUCGACGUCAGCGAAUCAGCGACGAAGGCUGCCCCCUCCAGCUGCGGCUCAUCCCGUCGCCCCCGGCAACGCCAGAGCAGCAGCAUCGGCGACCUGAAGUUCCUGACGCCCGUGCGCCGCUCCCGCCGCAUCGAGGGCCACUCCUCACGCCUGCCCGCCGCCGUGUCCGAGCACGACCCCUGCGUGACCUCGCUCGCGGAGCUGGCAAGGCUCGAGGGCGGCGAUCACGAGGCCAACGCCUACAUCUACAGGAGAAACCCGGCGCUGCUUGACGAGCACGGAGACCUGAACCGACUGUGAGGAAAUGCUCUUUGAAUUGGGCUAUAACACUAGCCAACGCAGUUCGUUCAACCAAUCAUAAGCAGUUAGGUCAUCAAAUUAUAACUCCCUGCUCUUGAUUGGCUGAACCUGUCGGACAUUUUGUUUUCAUAAUGAUCGCGUGUAUCGAGACCAGAGAGGGUCUGUGAUUGAGUUCACAGUUCUGAGUACGGUCAGGCAAACAGGAGGUCAAACUGAUGUGAUGGUGAAUUGACCUGGAAUGUAUGAUUUAAGGGCACUUUGUAUCAGAAGAUAAACAAUAAGCGUUGCUUUUAUAUAUCAACCAUGUUAGACAUUGUUUAACUGAUUUAUGCUAACUAACAGAAUGUAUACAUUACAGUUCUAUUUUAAGAUGCUCCGGUUGGAUUCGAUGGCAUUGUGCUUAGACAGUGUCUCUUAUUGUACUUGUGCUGCUUGAGGUCAAAAAAGGGUCUAAAAAAAGGCUAAGAUUGGGGGUCUGGGGAUUGUCCUAUAUCUGUGUGUAACGGCAAUGUCCUCCGAUUCCUUAUGAGGACCUCGAGAAAUGUGUGUAAAUGGAAACUUUGUUAAAGAUAAUGGUUACAUGGGAGCCGGUGUUGUUGAAGCUGGGAUGCUGUACUAGUUUCUUCUCUGGUACUUUUGAAAUAACUGUCACUGGACAGUGCGUGUAGGCCUACUAACUGAGUUGACGAGGAUGCAAGAUGAGGGUCUGAUUAAUGAAAGCUUUUGAUGUCUUUAAAAAAAAAAAAUUGCUUGUUUUACUGUAAUUUUGCUGAUAUUUUAAAAACGGAACUUUUAAAGCAAGAAACAAAUUAAGAUGUAAGAUUAAAAAAAAUCUUACAUUAAGAAAAGUAUAUGUUAUGUUAAGUGAAUGCUUUCAUAGGCUCUUUUAAAUAAUAAUAAUAAUAAAAAACAUCGUUUCACAGCUGAGGCAACAGAGUGCAAACAUCUGACUUUAAAAUAAACGUAUGGGUUGAUGCCUUUAAGGGCAACACUUACACACAAACACGUAUUGUACAUAAAUACACGGACACCCAUCAACACUUUUAAUCACCCUUCCAUGUUCUCUUAACUGUGUUUGUGCUGUUCAUGUGAUUUCCAGCUAUUGAUCCGUGUAUUCUGUCAUUUCUAAAUGUGUUCAUCACUUUUUUUAUGUGUCUGUGGUACUUGUUUACUCUUUGGUCACAACACUAUCUAAGGCCCUUUGUUUGGGUACUUCUGUUAAAAUAAAAGUUUUAUCUUCUGAAAAAAAAAAAAA